AUGAAGACAACUCGCAAAUGCAGGACUCUUCUGUCGGUAGGCUUGAACUUCUUCGCCUUGUUCUUCUCCAUCACGGCUUUCAUCACCACCUACUGGUGUGUGGGUACGCAGAGGGUGCCCAAGCCCAAGUGCAGCAAGCUGCGGACCCACCAGUGCAUCGAUUACGGCGUCAACGAGACCGACCCCAACAAGGUGGUCUACAGCUGGGAGACCGGGGACGACCGAUUCCUGUUCCGACAGUUCCACACCGGCAUCUGGGUCUCUUGUGAGGAGAACAUCCACGAUGAAAGUGAGAGAUGCAGAAGCUUCAUUGACUUGGCUCCUGCGUCGGAGAAAGGGAUGCUGUGGCUGUCGCUGGUGUCUGAGAUGCUGUACAUCGUUCUCCUGGUGGUUGGCUUCAGCCUCAUGUGUUUGGAGCUCGUCCACUCAAGCAACGUCAUCGACGGGCUCAAGCUCAACGCCUUCGCCGCGGUCUUCACCGUGCUCUCAGGUCUCCUGGGCAUGGUGGCUCAUGUGAUGUACACACAAGUCUUCCAGGUCACUGUCAGUCUGGGGCCCCCUGACUGGAGGCCCUAUAACUGGGACUAUGGCUGGUCCUUCUGCAUGGCCUGGGCGUCCUUCACCUGCUGCAUGGGCGCGUCGGUCACCACGCUCAACUCCUACACCAAGACCGUCAUCGAGUUCCGGCACAAACGCAAGACCUUUGAGCAGAGCAUCCGCGAGGAGCACGCACGGGAGGCUUUUGAAUAUUUCCGAGAACCCUCUGUGCACUCCAUCUCCAAGUCUGUGGAGGUUUAUUCCAGCCAGACCCUUAAGAGCGGCAGGAUGACACCCAUCCCGGCGGACUCCUUAGACCUGAGUGACAUUCGAGCCUCUCUGGGGGAGGAACAAUGCUGAGAGUCUUCUACUUCCUCGGUGAAGAUGUUAACUCCAUGAUAAAUUCUGCCUUAAUCGAGUCUGAGUUGUUGGCAGUUGUGGUUUUAAACGUAGGGCGCAUUCUCUUGAGGCGCCACAAGGAUUGGGGGGGAAACAGAUUCAUUUUUUUACUCGGGUUGCCAACCAUCCCUUGAAAAACGUAAUUGUCCCAUCUAGGGUUGUACGGUAUACCGGUAUUGGUAUAGUACCGCGAUACUAAUGAAUCAUAUUCAUUAGUACCGGUCCCCCACCCCGCCGUCGUCGCCACGUCGUGAUAUUGUUGGUUUUACGAGCAGAGGAGCA